UUGUUUCUUCUGUACCAGUUCACGGCUGGGCGUCGGGAUGGCGAGCAUGAGCUCCACGCUCGUCGAAACCGUCUCCAUCAACUACGAGGACUUUAACGAGAGCUUCCUCACGUGCGGCACCUGUUUAUGCACUUAUGACGGAGGCGAGCACACACCGAAGCUCCUACCGUGCUCACACACAGUUUGCCUCCACUGCCUCACACGAAUAGCUGCUUCACAGACCAGAGACGCAGGCAGUUUCCGAUGUCCCAUAUGUCGAGAACUGAUUACAAUACCACGGGGCGGGGUGGCCGCACUCCCGCCCUCGUUCCUCGUCAACCAGCUCCUCGACUUGAUGGCCCGCCAACGUCGCGAAGUAAUACCGCAGUGUAGUUCGCAUCCAGGCAGAGAGUUGCUUUUCUGCGAGACCUGUGAUUGCGUGUUCUGUCGACACUGCGCGGACGGGCCACACAGCGACACCCCCUGCGACCAUACAGUUGUGCCAUUCUCCAUAGCGUUGAAAAGAAUGUCUGAAAUACUGCUCUAUAGGGCGAACGAAUGUCUCAGUAAACUCGGUUCCGCCAGAGAUGCAGUGGCCAGUGAACUGCGACGGCUCGAGGCGGCCGCGACUGCAGCGGACGAGGCAAUAGACCGACACUUCGCAGAACUGAAGGCUGCUAUCGACAAACGUCACAGUGAACUCAAAUCAGCCGCCGCUGCUGCAGCGACACAUAAACGAAAGUUGCUUGAAGAACAACUCAAAUUAAUUGAUGCGGAAAAAGCUAAGGUGGAAGCAGAAUGUUCAGGUCUCCAGCAGCAGGUAGAAGUGCGUGAAGUCAGCAGUCGUGCAGCGGCACUGGGAGCCAGGUUAGGAGACGCGGCGGCACUCGCAGAACCACGGGAGAAUGCGUUCCUCGCCGUGGACUUCGCACACAAUGACGCCCAGCAAAGAUUCUCUGAAGCUCUGGCAGAAUUAGGCAGGGUCCGCACCAGUACCACCUUCCCAGGACUCUGUACACUACAAUUAGAAUCAGCGUGUGUAUGUGGUUUAGAGGUGGUAGUGGUACUACGUACAGUGGACUACCACGGCGAGGCGCGCUGUACCGGUGGUGACCCUGUCAGCGCCGCCGCGACCAUCGACGACGCACCCCUACCUUGCACCGUCACCGAUCUCGAUACUGGAUUGUAUAGAAUCACAAUGCGUCCCUGGACGGCCGGUGCACUAUGUGUACGCGUGCUAGUAUUUGCGCGCGGAGUACGAGACUCCCCGCUCCGUGCACAGGUGUCCCCCACCGCGGCCCCCCUACUUGUGUGGGGGUCCAGGGGAACUGGGAAGGAACAGCUCAGCCAACCUGUCGCGUUAGCGAGAUGUCCGAAACGGCGUGAGAUAUACGUGCUGGACGCGGGUAACUCUAGAGUCAAGGUGCUGGACGACGAGACGUUCGCUUUCAAAACGCAUAUUGUUAAUGAAGGGUUAGCAGGUCGGAGUUGUACAGGGAUAGCGGUAACUGCUGAGGGCAUAGUGGCUGUCAACUGGCGGACGCGAACUCUCACUGAGGUGAGUGGUGAAGGAACGACGAUCCGUACGAUCAGGUCGGACAGACUGCAGGAGCCGGUGUGUGUGGCCGCGGACCUGGCGUCACGCCGCCUCGCCGUCGCGGACAACGGGGCGCGCGCCGUCUUCCUCUUUGAUAGCCAUGGAAAUAUUGAGAGAGAGGUAGGCAAUGGAGAGUUGGGUCUAGUCGGCGGGCUCGCGUUGUCUGAAGACUUGCUGAUUAUAGCGGAUGUCGCCAUCAGGGUCUACGAUAUUGAAGGGAAUCUCAAGAAUGUGUUCGCACCGGUGCCAAAAGGUCGUGGUGGAUACGGUGGUAUAGCACUAGCGCCACCUAGUGAGGGAGGGACGCGACACGUUGUAUGCGCGCGCGCAGUGCGGGGCCGGCCUGCAUUAUUAGUACUGGAACCAGGCGCUGGGAAGGUGCUGGCUCUGUCAGAGUUGGCCGAUAAAAAGCCCCGUCGCGUGGCCGGACUUACGUUGUUGCCUAAUCGACGGGUGCUACUCGCCGACCUAGCUGCCGACUGCUUGAGGUUGCAUACUUACUGGUGA